GUCUAUUUCUCCCAACCAACCGUCAAUUUCUUCAGCCAUCUUGUCAGAGUCAGUGGAUUUCAAGCAAAAAUGACAGAAUCCUGUACAAAAUUAUUGUGAAACAUUACGAAAUUUAUUGUAACAGUAUUCUAUCGGAGGUACAAUUACAGAUUCAAGAUGGGUUCCAACCAAUCAGUUCGCGCGACAGCAUUCCAGCGCCCCAAAGCAACUUCCACGGAGUCUUUCAUUGAGGAGGAACCUGAUGACCACCACAUCAGUAUUUCGAAUAAAAUGGUCGAAAGAUUAGUAGAAGAUGCAACGCUGGUCGGUGGAACGGCUGCCGUGACUACACAGCCCACACCACGCGGGGACUACAGAGACAAGAUCUUUAUAGAGAAACUCAAGUGUAUGGACGAGAACCAUUCUGAGCUAACCGGAAUAACAGUAGAGGAUCUGAGCGCUUUAGCGGCUCGAAUAGACAUCCGCACUUCAAAUAUGGUUAGCGUGGAGCCAAUUUGCGCAGACUGCAAGCAGCGCGUCAUCGAGUGCUACGACGCAUCCAAGACGGGUUCUGACAUUAUCAAGUGUUGGGAAACUGUAGGAGCAUUUACAAAGUGCGUGCAGGAAACAGCGAUGAAGCGACUCCGCGCCCGCACGGCGCGCGAGGCGCGGGAGCGGGCGCGACGCACGCGGCACGUCGCGCGCGCCAGGGAACACGCGCUCAGGGACAUCGCCAGCUGACCACCGCAAGGGACUAUACCUACUACAUACAUACUUCAUACGUCACCCAGCCCAGGGGCUGUGCCGAAUUAACCACUUAACAGUAGGUAAUCGAUAAUGUAAUAUUGAAAUCAAAGCUAAUCAUAGGUAU